UUAUCACGAAGGAUUCAACCAAAAAUAUAGAAAACGAAGUGGAACUGCUGAAGAACGAAGAAGAGCGAUGGCAAGAAAACUAACUUUUAUUAAUAAAAGACUUGGAGCUUAUAAACAACUUGUUAAUGGAGAGGAAUAUACUCAAUUUAUUCAAAAUUAUGAUUUAAAUAUAGACGAGUUUGGUGCUCAACAUGAUUUUAUUAACAAUCCCGUUCCUGCUUCAUUAAGAAAUAUUCGGUAA